AUGCAGUGGAAUCACGUGAACAUGCCUUGGGACGAGACUUCUAUUCAUGUUGCUGUCCUACACGAUGAUGGUACUGCCACCAAUGAAGUUGUUGUCAAGGACGGCACAGGACAAAAGAUCAAUUAUUACUGUCCCAGUUGGGAGGAUAAUAAUCUAUUAAUGGUGAAUGAUUCUACCAAUUUUUGGAAUGUCUACGAGGUGGACAUUGGGCCAGAGUUUAAGGAGAGGAACGUGUUCCCUGUUGAUCAUGAAAUUGGCUAUCCGCUUUGGCAAUUCGCCGACCGACCUUAUGCCUCUAAUGGAUCCUGUAUUAUAAUGAAUGUCAACGGACGUCUAAUGUUACGUCGUGAGUUAGCCGUAAGACACGUACCAACCCCUGGUUAUACGGUUUUCUCACAUCUAAGUAUCACGCAAGCGGAUGUGGUUUACACAAUCGCGUCUGGACCAAAGAAGGCGUCAUGCAUCUUGCGCAUCGACGUCUCUAAAGAGAUGAUGGAUCAAGAACCGGUCAUUGAUGUGAUCCGAACUGCGCGCGAGGACAGCGAUCUGGAAGCGCUCGACAUCGAACCCGACCAUCUGGAGUUCCAGUCGACGGCGUGGCGGUUUCAGCAUAAUCGUCAUUUCACCGGUCCUGCGGCUAUGCUACCACCAGUACUCCUUCUUGGCCAUGGUGGUCCGACUGCUGCUGCUGCUAACUCACUAGACUUGAAGAAACAAUUCUUUACUUCCCGAGGAUUCGCUGUGCUAGACGUGAACUAUCGUGGAUCGACUGGAUUCGGCACGAAGUUCAGAAACAUGCUGAAACAUCAGUGGGGUGUGGUUGACCGCGACGACAUGAUUGCGGCAGCUCGUUCGGUGAUAGCACGACGACUUGUUGAUGGCGAAAAAGUGUGCAUUCAAGGAAGUUCAGCGGGAGGGUGA